CUCCCCGUUUCCUUGGCAACCUCCCCACCCGAACGAGCGCCCAUCUUGGAGUCUGCGCAGCCGGCUUGUUGGUGCGCCUGCGCGGGAGAAGCCUCAGUCAUACCGUGUGUCCCGGGUGCCGCCGGCGGAGUAUCCUUAGGACACGGGUUGUGCUGCGCUUGGAGCCCAAGGCCGGACCUGCAACCAUGGCGCAGAUCCUGCCUAUCCGCUUCCAGGAGCACUUCCAGCUUCAGAAUCUGGGAAUUAAUCCGGCCAACAUUGGCUUCAGCACUCUGACCAUGGAGUCUGAUAAGUAUAUCUGCAUUCGGGAGAAGGUCGGAGAACAGGCUCAGGUGGUUAUCAUAGACAUGGCAGAUCCAAACACUCCACUGAGACGCCCAAUAUCUGCUGAAAGCGCCAUUAUGAAUCCGGCUUCCAAAGUCAUUGCUCUGAAAGCUGGAAAAACCCUUCAGAUCUUUAACAUAGAAAUGAAGAGCAAAAUGAAGGCUCACACCAUGUCAGAGGAAGUCCUAUUUUGGAAAUGGAUAUCAGUCAAUACAGUUGCUCUGGUGACGGAGACAGCAGUCUACCAUUGGAGCAUGGAGGGGGACUCCCAGCCACAGAAAAUGUUUGAUCGCCAUGCAAGCCUUGCUGGCUGCCAAGUCAUCAAUUACAGGACAGAUGAGCAACAGAAGUGGCUUCUUCUAAUUGGCAUCUCUGCUCAGCAAAGCCGUGUGGUUGGCGCAAUGCAGCUGUAUUCAGUGGAUAGGAAAGUCUCUCAGCCCAUAGAGGGACAUGCCGCAGCUUUUGCUGAGUUUAAGAUUGAGAGAAAUUCAAAACCUUCAACUCUCUUCUGCUUUGCUGUGCGUGGUCAGGCUGGUGGCAAACUACACAUCAUAGAGGUUGGACAACCUGCUAAUGGAAACCAACCUUUCACUAAGAAGGCCGUGGAUGUCUUCUUUCCCCCUGAAGCUCAGACAGACUUCCCUGUGGCUAUGCAGAUCGGCGCCAAACAUGGGGUUAUCUAUCUAAUCACAAAAUAUGGGUACAUCCACAUGUAUGACCUGGAGUCUGGCGCCUGUAUUUAUAUGAACCGCAUCAGUGCUGACACCAUCUUUGUUACUGCCCCUCAUGAACCUACCACGGGAAUCAUUGGAGUGAAUAAGAAAGGCCAGGUGCUUUCAGUAUGUGUUGAAGAAGAUAACAUUGUGAACUACGCCACGAAUGUGCUGCAGAACCCUGAUCUGGGGCUUCGCAUGGCUGUCCGAAGCAACUUGGCAGGGGCUGAAGAGCUUUUUGCACGAAAGUUUAACACCAUGUUUGCUCAAGGGAAUUAUUCUGAAGCAGCCAAGGUUGCUGCAUCUGCUCCAAAGGGAAUCCUGCGCACUGCAGACACGAUCAGAAAGUUUCAGACUGUACCAGCUCAACCUGGACAAGCAUCACCUCUGCUCCAGUACUUUGGCAUUCUGCUAGAUCAGGGGCAGCUGAACAAGCUAGAGUCGCUAGAGCUCUGCAGGCCGGUCCUGCAACAGGGGCGUAAGCAGCUCUUGGAAAAGUGGUUAAAAGAAGAUAAGUUGGAGUGCUCUGAGGAACUCGGGGACCUGGUAAAAGCUGUGGACCCUACUCUUGCGCUUAGUGUUUACCUGCGUGCAAGUGUGCCAAACAAAGUGAUCCAGUGUUUUGCAGAGACUGGGCAGUUCCAGAAAAUAGUUCUCUAUGCCAAAAAAGUGGGAUACACUCCAGACUGGAUUUUCUUACUUCGCAGUGUCAUGCGAAUCAGCCCAGAUCAGGGUCUCCAAUUCUCCCAGAUGCUAGUACAGGACGAGGAGCCCUUGGCCAAUAUCAACCAGAUUGUGGAUGUCUUUAUGGAGAACAGCCUGAUUCAGCAGUGCACGUCAUUCCUGCUUGAUGCACUGAAGAAUAAUCAGCCUGCUGAGGGCCAUCUGCAGACUCGCCUCCUGGAGAUGAAUCUGAUCCAUGCCCCACAGGUCGCAGAUGCAAUCCUUGGGAACCAAAUGUUCACUCACUAUGACCGGGCCCACAUUGCCCAGCUGUGUGAGAAAGCUGGACUGCUGCAAAGAGCUCUGGAGCAUUAUACAGACUUGUAUGACAUUAAACGUGCUGUGGUACACACACAUCUUCUAAACCCAGAGUGGCUGGUGAAUUUUUUUGGCUCAUUGUCGGUGGAUGAUUCAGUGGAGUGUUUGCGGGCUAUGCUAUCAGCUAACAUCCGGCAGAACCUGCAACUCUGUGUCCAGGUGGCAUCUAAAUACCAUGAACAGUUGGGCACUCAGUCUUUGGUUGAGCUCUUUGAGUCCUUCAAGAGUUACGAAGGGCUUUUCUACUUUCUGGGAUCUAUUGUCAAUUUCAGCCAAGACCCUGAUGUGCAUUUCAAAUACAUCCAGGCAGCCUGCAAGACUGGGCAGAUUAAAGAAGUGGAGCGAAUAUGUCGGGAGAGCAAUUGCUACAACCCAGAACGUGUCAAGAACUUCUUAAAGGAGGCCAAACUCACAGACCAACUUCCACUGAUAAUUGUGUGUGACCGCUUUGACUUUGUACAUGAUCUCGUGUUGUAUCUCUACCGCAACAACCUCCAGAAAUACAUUGAAAUCUAUGUGCAGAAGGUCAAUCCCAGCCGCAUACCUGCUGUAGUUGGAGGGCUAUUGGAUGUUGACUGUUCAGAGGAUGUCAUUAAGAAUCUCAUCAUGGUUGUACAUGGCCAGUUUUCCACUGAUGAACUAGUUGCCGAAGUGGAGAAAAGAAACAGGCUUAAACUGCUUUUACCGUGGCUGGAAUCUAGAAUUCACGAGGGCUGCGAGGAGCCUGCUACACACAAUGCUCUGGCAAAGAUCUACAUUGAUAGCAACAACAAUCCUGAACGCUUCCUACGGGAGAACCCUUUCUAUGACAGCUGUGUCGUGGGCAAGUACUGUGAAAAGAGGGACCCACACCUGGCAUGUGUAGCCUACGAGAGGGGCCAGUGUGACCUGGAGCUUAUCAAGGUGUGCAAUGAAAACUCUCUGUUCAAGAGUGAAGCCCGGUACCUUGUACGGAGGAAAGAUGCUGAUCUGUGGGCCAGUGUCCUUGAGGAACACAGCCCUUUCAGGAGACAGCUGAUAGAUCAGGUGGUGCAGACUGCUCUGUCAGAAACCCAGGAUGCAGAGGAAGUGUCUGUCACUGUGAAAGCGUUUAUGACUGCUGAUCUCCCAAAUGAGCUCAUUGAACUCCUGGAGAAAAUAGUUUUGGACAACUCCGUGUUUAGUGAGCACAGAAACCUGCAGAACUUGCUCAUACUGACUGCUAUUAAAGCAGACCGCACACGAGUUAUGGAAUAUAUUAACCGGUUGGAUAACUAUGAUGCACCAGACAUUGCUAACAUUGCUAUAAGCAACCAGCUUUUUGAAGAGGCCUUUGCGAUCUUUAGGAAAUUUGAUGUUAAUACAUCUGCCAUACAAGUCCUUAUUGAACAUAUUGGGAAUCUGGAUCGUGCCUAUGAAUUUGCAGAGAAAUGCAAUGAACCUGCUGUAUGGAGCCAGCUAGGCAGAGCUCAGCUGCAGAAAGACUUGGUGAAAGAAGCUAUAGACUCUUACAUUAAAGCUGAUGACCCCUCUGCUUACAUGGAAGUAGAACAAGCAGCAAGCAGAAAUGGAAACUGGGAAGACCUGGUAAAAUUCUUACAGAUGGCAAGAAAGAAGGCCAGGGAGUCCUACGUGGAGACUGAACUCAUAUUUGCUCUGGCAAAAACAAAUCGUUUAUCAGAACUGGAGGAAUUUGUCAGUGGCCCUAACAAUGCUCACAUUCAGCAAGUGGGCGAUCGUUGUUAUGAGGAAGGCAUGUAUGACGCUGCCAAACUACUUUACAACAAUGUAUCCAAUUUUGCCCGUUUGGCAUCCACUUUAGUACAUCUUGGGGAGUAUCAGGCUGCUGUUGACAGUGCACGGAAAGCCAAUAGCACACGCACCUGGAAAGAGGUCUGCUUUGCUUGUGUGGAUGGCGCAGAGUACCGUCUGGCACAAAUGUGUGGUUUGCACAUUGUCAUCCAUGCAGAUGAGCUAGAGGAGCUUAUCAGUUAUUACCAGGAUCGAGGCUAUUUUGAGGAGCUCAUUGCACUUCUGGAGGCUGCCCUGGGUUUGGAACGUGCACACAUGGGCAUGUUCACUGAGCUUGCCAUCCUGUACUCCAAGUUCAAACCUCAGAAAAUGCGUGAACACUUAGAACUAUUCUGGUCCAGAGUUAACAUCCCAAAGGUCCUACGUGCAGCAGAGCAGGCCCAUCUAUGGGGUGAACUAGUCUUCCUAUAUGAUAAGUAUGAGGAGUUUGAUAAUGCAGUUAUCACCAUGAUGAGCCAUCCCACUAACGCUUGGAAAGAAGGACAAUUUAAAGACAUUGUCACCAAGGUAGCCAAUGUGGAGCUGUAUUACAAAGCCCUCCAGUUCUACCUAGAGUAUAAACCACUAUUAAUUAAUGACCUCCUCUUGGUCCUUUCUCCACGCUUGGACCACACGCGAGCUGUCACCUUCUUUUCUAAGAUGAACCAGUUGCCCCUUGUUAAGCCGUACUUGCGCUCUGUUCAAAAUCACAACAACAAGUCUGUAAAUGAGGCGCUCAACAACUUGCUGACAGAAGAGGAGGAUUACCAGAGCUUGAGAGCAUCCAUUGAUGCAUAUGACAACUUUGAUAACAUCAUCCUGGCACAGCGGUUGGAGAAGCAUGAGCUAAUUGAGUUCCGAAGGAUUGCAGCCUAUCUGUACAAGGGGAAUAACCGUUGGAAACAGAGUGUAGAGCUAUGCAAGAAGGAUCGGCUGUAUAAGGAUGCCAUGCUGUAUGCCGCAGAGUCAAAAGAUACAGAGCUGGCGGAGAAGCUGCUUCAGUGGUUCCUAGAAGAGGAGAAACGCGAGUGUUUUGCUGCAACGCUCUUCACUUGCUAUGACCUGCUGCAUCCAGACAUUGUAUUGGAGUUGGCUUGGAGACACAACAUCAUGGAGUUUGCCAUGCCUUAUUUUAUCCAGGUCAUGAGAGAGUACUUGAGCAAAGUGGAUAAACUACAUGCAGCAGAGAGCUUGAGAAUGGAGGAGGAUCAAGUGACAGAGCCAACCCCUAUAGUAUUUGGUCAGCAGCUGAUGCUCACAGCAGGUCCAAACGGUGUGGUACCACCUCAACCAGGCUUCGCUUAUGGAUAUACUCCACCACCGACAUUCACCCAGCCUCCUCCUCCUUCUGUUUCUCCUGGCUACGGAUUCAACAUGUAAACUCUGCAGCGUCCUUCCUUCUCGCUUGGAAUGCACCAGGAAGGGGGUGCUUUUAGCCUACACUUCAGGAGCUGACGGGCACCUUUAUUUAUUACAUUUCUCUUACAGACUUAUCCAGGAACAGCAGCUUUUCAGCCAUUCACUACCAUAUUUUCAUUACAAUGUGUUUUAUUUCUUUGUAUGGAGAGGAAGGUCCUAGAGCUGCUGUCUUCAUUGAUUUCAUGACUCUUGCUCAUGCUUAUGAAGACAUCAUGUACUGUAUACUGCUGAACACAAAACAUUGCAGCUCCAUAUCCACACAUAAGCCCUUACCAAUCGCUGCAUCUAACUCACAAUAAGAUGUCAACAUGGACAGUCAUGCCAGAUGUAUGUCCCUAUUUUCUUCCAUUUCCUCACAACCACAGCUGACAUCACAUCUGGUGUAACAGUCAUAUUUCCCCACAAAACACCUAUUCUUACCAUGAUCACCUCCUACUGUAUGUUGUGUUAGUGAGGGGGUGCUAAAGACAGGAUGAUGCACUGUUUAGCAAAUACGCUCCAAUAUGUUUAAAGCUUGUAUAAUUUGCCAUGUGUUACACUGGCACUGCUUGUAUUGCUAAUUUGGCCUGCUACAGUACAUAUUAAUAUUAAAUACAGUAAAUGUAUAAACCUAUUUAAACAAACGUAGCUUGCCUUGUGUUUGAUCAGACUGGUUUACUGACGAAAGUUUACAUAUAUGCUUAAUACCUCCUUCUGUCCAGCAAUACUGCAUGGUAGAAUCCUCAAUUCAUCAGUUUCUGUUAUUUUGUUAUUUGUUUUAUAAAAAGAUGUGACAUGAAUUGUGAUUAUUUUUAUUAGUUUAUUUGCACUGCCUUAUCUUGCAUGGUCUAUAGAAUCAGUGCACCCUCCUGCCUGUGUUGGGGGCUCCUAUAGUAUCUAUAGGGAUAAAUAACACACACAUGGAGAAUAAGCAGUUCAUUGUAGCCAUUCAAGUUAAUGUUUACUCCAAUGACUUUAAAAUUCUGAAGAAACAUUGGCACAACAGGAUCAGAAUAUAGAACCAAUGGGUAAAAACGCUGAUAAAUCAGUGGUAAUAGUCCGGAAUUCUCGCUUCUCAUGACCUGGGUGCUGAGAACCGCUUUACCUUCACUAAUUACACGGCUCUUCCUAACUUCCUCUGAUGCGUGCAUACUGCAGUAUAGCUGUGCAUCGGAGUAUUUUCAUUUGUGUCUUCUUUUAAAGUUUGUCAUUUGUUUAAAACCUGUGUCAUAGAGAGAACGCAUGUUCUUGGUACAUCCAAAAUUAGUUUUUGUGUUGUGGUUUACUAUUUUUAUUAUAAAAUAAGGAAUUUGUUUUAUUAAAUGUAUUGCACAAAGAGCCUACUAGAUCACAUCAGCAGAAACAGUCCCACCUGUUACUUUGCAGUACAUGCUCUUAAUAUUCUCCAUGUACUCUUCUGGGUGGUGCAUGUAUUAUUAUUUUUUUUAUUAUUAUUUUUGGGGGGAAGGGGGGUUGUCAGAAAGUGAUACCUAUAGCUUAUCCUGAUAGCUAGCUUGUUUUGUGGGAGUUAUAACACAGCAGCACACUUAUCUGUGCUGAGAUCUCAGCACACUGUGGUAAAGGGAUAAUAAAGAUUUACAAUUCUAUUUUAUACUGUAUACAAUGUCUUGUUGAAGAGUAAAGCCAGUCUAUGUGUAGCUUUGUUAAUGUGACCCCUAUGUUUCCAUGUUGCAGUAUGUUCUAGAAUAAUGCACUUUGUUUAGAAUCCAAGAGUGCAGUUUGUGGGAAGGGUCCAAAAACCGGUUUCUGUUCUAUUCAUAUGAUCUGUGUUUUGCAAGUUGGACCAUUAGAGCCAUGUCUAGCUGAGCCUCCCUAUGGACUGGAGAUAGCCCAGGCAGGUUUUGACCUCUGCUGGAUACCAUACUUUUAAUCCGUACGGAUUUGCUUGUUGAGACAGUGCGUCUUUGUCAGCUUCCUCGUCUCUCUUCUUAAAAUGGGGACUCAUUUCUACAUGCUGUCAGUGCUCAGUUGCACACCACCUCAAUGUUUUGUUUUCUGCAAUAUUACAAUGUUUCCAUGUUUACUUUGUGCCAUGUCUAUGAAUCCAUACCCUUAAUAGCAUUUUAUGUAAUGAAUUUAGAAUGUUCUUUCUGAGUUAUCGCUAUGAAUAUUGUGCUUAUCAUGAAUAUUAUGAACUGACAUCAAAUUAUAAGUGUUUAAGCUGAGAACUGCUGUCCCUGCUGUAUUUGUGCACAAAAUGCCAUGGCUGCUGAUUCACAUGUACUCUGCCUGUCAAUUUAAUGGUUAAAACUGGAACAUCACCAAACAAAAUGUACCAACAUAUGGGCUAUUCAAAAUGACAAUGAGAAUUGUUCAGUAUUUUCUGACCUCUAUUUGAAUAAAUCAUAAAUAUUAAAUCUUG